GGCUUCGGUGGUGGUAACAAGCGGAGACCGCGCUCAGGUUGAUCUCCAGUCCUGAGGUGGCAGAAAGAGACAUUUUAUAACAUCAACCUUCUUAUCCCCCAUAUUACACACCUCCCCACAUUUCCUUGCACAAUCACUACCCCUUUCCACAAUUGUUCCAAUGCUGCAUUCAAUAUUCUGUGUUUGCACAACCAGGAGAACCCAAGCACCUCAGUCUGAGUUGAUGCUGAGAACAGGUGAAAACUCAGGCUCUGUGUGUCCUUGUUUCACCACACCCACUGAUUCGGUAGUAUGGGUUAUCGUGAAUAGUCUGAUGCCGUCAUUGGAACUGGCCACCAGAGGUCGCCCGAGAGGCACGGCCAGCAGUCCCAAAAGUUUACAUCCCUCCCCAAGGCAUCAGGCUUUCAUCUCCUCCUGAUUCUAUAAGUGUGUGGGUCCUAGCCUUGUGCGUUACCUGGAUAGGGGUGAUUGAGCGUGGUGUACUCACCGAAGUACGUUGUGGUUCUUUGGGUCCGUCACAGCAAUAGGGACAGGCUGCCACCUGGUGUCAUUAGGCCCCGCAGUAGUAGCCAUUUCCCUCCAGUUGGCGGUGCUUGCGCUCCUCUCUGGAGUGACCGGUCCGCCCUAGCUACAUGGGCUCGGCGUCUACUGGUUGCGGUGGGGUAUGAUGCAAAGAAUGGUGGUGCCCCUCGGAACGUUCAGAAGCCCGGGGUGGAGGCCUCUCAGUACGGUUUGGUUGGUCCCUCCGAUGCUCCUGCAGCCGAUGGCCUGUCCAAAUGGCUAAGGCAAGGAGGGAAUCAAGGUCAUCGGGUAGAUCGAGGGGAACGUGUCGCUUCCGGAUGGGAACGGAAAGUCCGUUCAGGAAGGUGUCGAGAGCGCCGUGUGCCCCCAUCCGUUUCCUGCAGCCAGGGUACGGAAGUGGGUAGCGUACUCGCUGACGAAGCGGUUGCCUUGCAGCAGAUUUCCCAGUUUCCGUGCUCGCUUCCGUUCGGUGCAGACGGGGUUUGAAUGUCCUGAUUACGGCUUCUCUGAAAGCGGUGAACGAGUAACAAAUUGGGGAGUCGUGCUCCCACUCAGUCAUCGCCCAAGCCCGGUCAGUCAUAUGAGUGACCGUGUACGCGAUCUUCGCUCGGUCCGAGCUGAACUUGCCCGGAGAACAGUCAAAAUGUAGCAUAUAGUCAGUAAUUACCAUCUGACUGGUACCAGCUUCUCCAGAGAAACCUCCGGUGGCGCCAACCGAGGACAUCCCCCAGAGUGACUGGAAAAAGCUGGUGAGGGGGCAGCAGGUGCCUCAGGAGGCGAAGUGACGGGCUGAAGUCCACCCGCCAGGUUGGUCAGUUGAGCUGUGAGCUGGAUCAUGGCCGGAAAACAACCGAAAUGCAAAAACUGCUUUUGGCGCAGUUAUGCAUAUAUAACACACAAUCAAACACAACAUGUUUUACACAUGCAUUAGGCCACUGCAUUACACUGAAACAAUUCAAUUUUAUUUGUAUAGAUACACUGCCAAUGGGUUUCCUCAUUGACUUGUUCUCCCCACUGUAGUACUGUGCUUUCUUUGCACAAAAUCUGGAUCCCACACAAACCUUUUAGCCUGUUUUCUAAACUUCAGACCACCUGUAACAGACAUGGGUUUAACAUGAGACGUGCUUCGAGUGCCACGUUUAUUUUGCCACUGCCAAAAACAAAUGCACUUAAAAGAACAUUUAUUUAUCGAGCUGUUUCAUGCUGGAAUUUACUGCCUCCUAAAAUGCUUACAACAAGCAAUCACAUUUCUUUUAAAACAAGUCCUAAAAAUCUAUAAUUUGUAAGGAAGUGAUGCUUAUUUAGCCCUUGUAAAUAUAUGUAGUUGUUUUAUUUGAUUUUUUUCCACACUGUAGAAAUGUAAACCUGCUUUAUGCUAUUAAUUGUUUUGUAUAUAUUGUAAAAUUACUGUGAAUGGACCCCAGGAAGAAUAGUCUCUACUUUGGUAGAGACUAGUGGGGAUCCUUAAAUAAAGAAAUAUUAGUUCCUGUUAAAAUUCUUGCUGCUGCGUUCUGGACUAGCUCAAGCUAGCUGACACAAGGCAGAAAUGAGAAACUGAUUUUCAUUCAAAAUAGUAUUUUUUCAAUACCUUGCAAACUUCCAUUUAAAGCUCCAUCUCAUUUCCUCAAAUCUAAAUGCAAACCUUCAAUUUUAACUAUUUAAGAACAUAGAAUGUACAUUACAUAUGAAAAGGACCGCUCGGAUGUGUGUGGAAGCAAUCGAUAUAUUAUGCAAUUUUUUUUAAUCCCGCGCCAUGAAAAUGAGUCACAUCCGGCCAGAGUCUGGAUUGAGGAAGAAGGCGAAUGUGACGUCAGCAGUAGAGAUCAUCUUCACUAUACAGCCAUUACUAUAGUGUGCAGAAGGAAUGUGGAUUCAGCUGAUUUUGCGGAUUAAUUUGUUUAUUUUUCGCAUCACAUCAGUCCAAUGUGGCUUUUGUUGCUGCACCAGGGAGAAGCGUGUGAGCCUUUUUGGGUUUCAAACAGAUGCUGUUCACCGCGAAGAAUGGGCAAAACAAGUCCGACAAUCGAGGGACCAUUGACGGAUGAGGAAGUGACUGUGUGUGACGAUGCUCCCUGUCCACCGAAAAGGCGUAAGUGGCCGCCUUCCUCGGCCGACCACCGGCGGCUUGUUGGACACCACGGUCGCGAGCCGAUGAGCGCCCGUGCUCGGACAGCCACGUGCUCUCGUCUGCGGCUCUCGAUUGUGUAGAGCAGUGGUCUCAAACCGGUCCUCAAAGGGCCGCAGUGGGUACUGGAUUUCAUUCCAACCAAACGAGAACAAUCCCUUUUCACCAAUCUGGUGUCUAACAAGUGUAAUCAGUUAAUUGCAGUCAGGUGCUGCUUACUUUAGCAGAAACCUCAUUGGUUGAACUGUCUGUUUUGGAUCUGUUGGAACAAAGACCAGGACCCACUGCGGCCCUUUGUGGAAUCGGUUUGAGACCCCUGGUGUAGAGACUUCCGCCUCUCCCGGCUCUCUUUGUGGGCCCGCCGAGAGAGCACUAUCCUCGGCUUGGGCAGCCACAUACUCCAAUGCUGCCGUUUUUGACCACCCCAGCUGCGUCCCCCGCGAUGAGCACUCCUGCCGGGGCCGCAAAAUACCGUUCGGGAGGUUUAAGAAGUCGGCCAUUUUGACCAUAAUGCAGUAAUUUAGCCCUGUCAUACUGAAUAAAUGCAUUUUUAAUAUUUCAUUUUCCAUUUAGCACCAUUAUUUGUCAUGACCAUCCAUUAUAUUUAGCAAUUGGGAGAAGAUGUAUCUAUCAGGGGAAAUUGAGUAUAUACAAAGAAUAUCCUGUAAGAAUAUUGGAGUAGAGAGAAAAAACAAUGAUGACAUUUAACAAUAUGCGCUAGUCAUCAGCCUUUUGUUUGUUGUCGUUCAGAAUCUUCCUCCUCUUCCAAAUACGACUAUGGCUGUAUGCCACCUGCUUCCUCUGGAUCGACAAUAUCACAUGAAAGAUCCACACUUUAACCAGAAUUGCUGAAAAACACUUCCUCCUCUAUUGGGCUGAAUUCUAAAAUCACAACUACGCCGACAUCAUCACCCAGAUGGUAGCGCCAGAUUGCUCUAAUAAUAGGUGGGGCUAAACUGCAGAUUAAAAGACUCACUUCUCGUCAUCUGCAAUUAGCCAAAAUGUUGUAUAUAGACGAAUCGUCUCAAAAUAUGAUUUUCCUUCAAUAAUAAUGCUAUAUAAGAUUUUUUUUUUUUUAAUGGUGUCACAGGCACUUUAAGGCAAAACACUCCCACUUUUGUCCACCUGCGCCGCUAAAACCGACCAAAACUGUUCCUUAGUGUUGCUUUAACAUGGGGUUUUGACAGUUGGCAUUAUAUUUUCAGGAUCAAAGCAUCGUUCCGCCCCAUUACUGUCCCGAAUCUUUCUCCCCUGUGUGGACAUGACAUUUGGGCCACAAUAAUGGGCUCACUUGGUACUUGGUAUUUAAAAUUGGCCUACAUGGCACAAAACGUGAUUUUAACAUAUGUGGAUGUCUGGUUUAGUUUUAAGAAAACAUUAUGUCAUUAAUCAUUCAUUUGAAUAUUUUAUGAAGAAAAAAUUAAAAAUGGAUAAAAUGCUUAUUAAAAACAAAAUGAAAUUGAAUAAACACAGUGUUAGGCCCGCAAUAACUAAAGUCGCUUUAUUCAAUUAUAAUUUUAUGGUAUUUAAUUCAUUUCCUGCCAUUAACAACGAUAGACAUCCAAUUCAUUGGGACCGGAAGGUUUGGCAGUGAAUGCUCAUGUUUUAGUACCACUGACGGCUCAUUCCGUUUUGACUGAGGGUUGGCAGCGUUCAUUUGUUCCUUGGCAAAACAGUUUGGUUAUCUUGGGCCAUCAAUGGCAGCCAUGAGUGCCCUAUAAAGCUUGGUAUAAAGCUUAAUUAAAGGGUAUGUCAUGCCCUGGGAAAAUGUUAAUAUUCCAUCAUUUAUCCAUAAACGCAUGCCUUUUGUAUUCAUAUCAUGCCACUUCGUGGAAUUACACACAAGAAAAUGAGAGAAAUUUGGCUCGAUUGUCAAGCUAAAACGACCGGCGCCCGAGAUCUGGCAGAUUGUGUGCGGGACGUCACGACAAGUGAAGAGAGUGCCACCGGCCACUAGGGGGGCAGCGCCUGUCUGCAUCAUUAUGAUUCCUUCUAGUGAGGGGAGAAUUAGGGGUGUUUCGAGCUGUUUAUGCUGAUGCAUUGUGUUCAUCCUGCACAUAUUCCAGGUUCCCUCAUGAAGAAACACCCCUCGUUGUCAAUAAAAGAGAAUUCAGAAUUGACAGUGAGGGGUGUUUCUUCAACAAGAAAAAGGCUCAGUGCUUUAAUACUGAAUGGCGGCGAUGAUGCCAGACAAUUUUGUUUCUAGUUUCAGCGACGAAUCCGACGUAGAAGGACGUAACGAAUGUUCAUCUAAUGGUGACGAGGAGAGUUACGAAGCUUUAAUCGGUGUUUUAGGUUACCAAUUUGAGCCCAAACGAACGCCGAUGCAGCGUAAUGAAAGGGUCACUGAGGGGAGCAAUGACACUGAUGAAACAUCGGCAGCAGAUCAUGUGGGAAACACCAAUGAUUUGUUUUGCAUUUCUUUUUGUGAAGCUGAUACACCAUGACUGCAAAAUAAAGGAAUGCAUUGAAUAAUUAUCAUUUAUUGUGCUAUCAUAGCUUUUCGCUCUGCCAACAGACACAAAUAUGAAUGGGAUCAGAGGAUUUGUUCUAUAUAUUUUACGAACGAUAAUUUAUACAUGUGCCCAGUCCUGUAUCCAAUGCGUGACAUUUUUUUAUUAUAAAAGAGUACUCACUCUGGCCAUUUCGAGCUUGGCUGCUCCCCUCCUUUGCUUAGCCUUAGCCUCCUUUGCCAGUCAUCGUCCUCUUUCUUGAUAUCUCGGGACAUUUAGGUGGCUGCGCGUGUAUGGUCGGCACCGCAUCUCCUUUGAGCAGUAAUCUUUUAGCAAAAUCCGAUUUCACUUGUCCAUAGUUCGAGAAGCUUUCAGGUGGAAAAUGCGCACCACAGAAAAGCGUGCCGGAGGCUGUGUCUAGAAAAUUAGCCCUCUUUGCACGGACGAACUUUACCCAUUGUCUGCGUAGUCCAGCUUUUUUUUUCGCGUUCGGGAACUCAUGGAUACUAUAUUCCGAUAAAUAACUAUUUGUACACCACAUAGCACAGCAGUUUUGAACCAUUUUUGUGAUGUUUUCGUCAAACAAACUCCAACGCUACUCUCUCGUCGUUAAAAAACAAUGGCACCUGGCUCCGCCUCGACUGUCAAUCACUUGUCGUGACGUCCCCGCCCCAUUCGGCUGUUUCCGGAACACUUUCGGGAAUGUUCGUCAUUUUCGAUCUAUUUUCGAUAAUUGCUCAUUAAUGUAAUUGAUUUUUUUGUUAACUUUAUCAAUAUUUGUUAUCUUGGCACAUAACGGUUCUAUUGAUGUCUCACACCCCCUUUGCCGCUACAUACCCUUUAAGCUUGGAUAGGGUCCAGCUCACCUGCGUACCCAAUGACAACGUGACUUCAGUAGCCAAAAACUUGCCUUACAGGCCUGUCUUUAUUUACAUUUAUAGCAACGAACUGUUUGAACCCUUUGUACUUAAGUGCAUAUAUAGUAUACUUAAACAUGAUCACAUUAUCAACAUGUUUAUAGUAAGGUAUGUGCUCUACGUGUCAGGGCAUCUUGCAAUUGACUUUAAAUGACAUCAGUUAACAAGGCUACUAAAAAAUACUUGUAUGUGCAAAACAGACCGCAUCAUCUCUUAAAUUCUGAGGACACGGUAAUCCUGAGUUUAACUGUCAAUAAAGUUUUAAGAGGCCAAAGAGCAUUUCAAAGAAUGAUGGUGUAAUCACAUUUCAAAACUGACUCUUAUACGCACAUGCUCUGAACACUGACCCCAUAAACUGUAACAAUGGUUAAUUUUUUCCACACCAUUUUCCUUCCCACUACUAUUUGGCAGUUGCUAGCAACCCAUAAAGAACGUUGUGGGCCGGACAAUUUGGCCACCAUCAUCUUAUUGGAUAACAUUUUCAGUCCAAUCUUAAAAGACUAUGAAUUGCCGGCUGCAGAGGGCUCACAUUCAAUACGCUGUGGCGGUGAGGGAUAAUUGACUUCAUUUUCAAUAUGUCUAUAUUCAAGGAACCCGCCAGACUUACUGCCUGCCCAUCUGAGGCCACGUUAUGCUCUGGUAUGGACUGCCUCGCUCCCACAACUGACUUUAAUGCAACGCUGAGUUUAGUGUUGAGCACCGUGCUCACUGUCAUGCUGGCUAUGGUCAUGUUUUCCAUGGGCUGCACCGUGGAUGCUAAAAAGCUUUGUGGGCACCUGAGGAGACCCUGGGGCAUUGUCAUCGGUUUCCUCUGCCAAUUUGGCAUUAUGCCUUUUACUGCCUUUGCUUUGUCCAUUGCCUUCAAUGUGUUGCCUGUUCAGGCCAUUGUCAUCAUCAUCAUGGGGUGCUGUCCUGGAGGCUCUGGUUCCAAUAUCAUCUGCUACUGGCUAGAUGGAGAUAUGGACCUAAGUAUCAGUAUGACUGCCUGUUCCUCCAUUCUGGCUUUGGGAAUGAUGCCUCUGUGUCUUCUCAUAUACACCUCCAUCUGGACUUCUGCAGACACCAUCCAAAUCCCUUAUGACAGUAUUGGUAUCACCCUUGUGGCCCUCCUUGUCCCAAUCACUGUGGGAAUGUAUGUUAAACGCAAAUGGCCUCACAUGGCUAAAAAGAUCCUCAAGGUUGGGUCUAUUACAGGAUUUGGUCUCAUUAUCAUCAUUGCAGUGGUGGGUGGAAUUCUUUACCAGUCUUCCUGGACCAUUGCUCCCUCUCUUUGGAUCAUUGGAACCAUUUACCCUUUUAUUGGUUUUGGACUGGGAUUCCUUAUGGCCCGCUUUGUGGGUCAACCAUGGUACAGGUGUCGAACAAUUGCUUUAGAGACUGGUUUUCAGAACUCCCAGUUGUGUAGCACCAUUGUCCAGCUGUCCUUCAACCCAGCUGAACUGGAGGUCAUGUUUGCAUUCCCUCUUAUCUACAGCAUCUUUCAGCUGGUGGUGGCUGUCAUGUUUGUGGGAGGAUAUCAAGCCUACAAAAAGUCAUGUGGUCUGGGAUCAGCUGAUUCAGACAGCGAAUCGCCAUCCUUGGAAGAUGGCUGUACAGAACAAGGAAAAGAGAAGCGUCAACACAUGGAAAAUAGUGCCUUUGAAUUGAAUGAGGAUUAUAUGAACAAAUGCAAGGCUGAUCACUCUGAAAAGAAUACUCAUCUUUGAGACUGGGCUAUGCUGACUUUGAACAGAACGACCUCCACAGGCAAGGCAAUCCUGCUGCUGAAAGGCCCUAACUUUGAUAUACUCUACACUGCAGGCUCGUGUCCAACUGUUUGACUACAUUUGAAAUUAUUGAGAGAACUUCUGAACCAAAUGAAUGGUGAAUAUUCGUUUAUUUGUGGAGGGAUCAUUUGUCACACUCAGAAGAAGCUUGCUAGUGGUGUGGUCGUGUGCUCAUUAUGUAUCUAAGCAGUCAAAAAACACACAGUUCAUUACAGCAUUUUUCAUGCUUCAAAUAUACUUUGCGUUUUUAGUUGUUUGACUUAAUUUAUACCUUAUAUUUGAUAAUAAAUUGAGAUCUGA